UAGGUGAGAGCAAUUUAUUUAGAGUGAGUAGUAAUAAGUACAAGAGUGAGCUACUACUAUUAUAUAGCAGUAGUAUAUAUAUUGUCUUUUUAUAUAUUUCAAGUGCUAUUAAUAUUACUUUGAGAUUAGUAGUUCAAUAUUACCCUAAUUUUAUUGUCCACGUUAUUAUUUUGUUAUCUCUUUCACAUAAAUAUACCCCAAAAUGUGGUGUUUGAUGAAGCAUCAUCUUGGUGGUCACCACAAGCUGUAUUCCACAAGCUGUAUUAUUGCCGGACUCGACGGAGAUCGAGGAAAAGUUUCAUAGAAAGCGGAAGAGAAAAAUGAUUAGUCUUGUCAAGAUGGUCAUCUAGAAGGAGAAAAAUUCUCAAACUUCACCAAAAGAAAAAGAGAAAAGUCUAUGGCAGACGGGGGCACAUCAUAGAAGUCCUGUAGAAGAAAGACCAAGUCAGAUAGUAUAUCUCAAAGAAGAGGAACUUCAUGUAGUGUUACGUAGAUCAAUUAGACCUCAAAAGCCUAAGCCAAAAUAGCUAAUUUUGAAAUGGUCGAGGAUGAGAGCCAACUAGCUAUAAUGAAGCAGCUCGAAGUAAAGAUUAAAGGAAAGCCAUGGAGGAGGAAAUUUAAGCUCCACACCAAAAUCAAACUUGGGAGUUAGUACCAACAUCUAAGGAAGUUCAACCUAUUUUCUGUAAAUGGGUGUAUAAAGUGAAGACUAAACCCGAUGGUUCCAUUGAAAGAUACAAGGCAUCACUGGUAGCUCAAGGAUUUUCUCGGUAGUAUGGGUUGGACUAUAAUGAAACUUUUAGUCCAGUGGCGGAGAUUACCACAGUGCGUAUUUUACUAGCACGGCUAGUAACUCUUGGAAGUUUUGGCAAAUGGAUGUUAAGAACGCUUUCUUUCUUGAUGAACAAGAUAGAGAUAUCCACAAGGAUCAACCUAAAGGGUUCGAGAGUCAAGCUCAUCCAAACUACAUGUGCAAGGCGAAGAAGAAGCUUUACGGUUUAAAGCAAGCACCACGAGCAUGGUAUGGCAAGAUUGCAAAAUUCUUGCUACAAAGUGGUUAUUCAGUAGCACCAGCUGAUUCAAGUUUGUUUUGUGUAAGCUCCAGAUGAAAAGUUGGCGAUAGUUAUUGUUUAUUUUGAUGGUCUCAUCAUUACUGGAAAUGAUGAAUGGAACAACAGACAAAAACAAAUCUCUCAGUUCGAUUUCAGAUGAAAGAACUUGGAGAACUGAAGCAUUUUCUUGGUUUAAAAGUGGAAUGAACCAAUAAUGGGAUAUUUCUUUGCCAACAGAAAUAUGUCCAAGAUCUUUUGGGUAAAUGUGGAAUGCUUGGUUUCAAGCCAAUCUCAACUCCAAUAGAGGUUCAUGCGAAACUAUGUUCGGCCAUAGGCAAGUAGUUAGAAGAUGUGACAAUGUAUAGACAAUUAGUAGGAAGUCUAAUCUAUCUCACGUUGACCCGAACAAAUAUUAGUGUGAUUAGUCGAUUCAUGCAGAAACCAAAAAAACCUUACCAGGAUGUUGUAAAGCAAAUAUUAAGGUAUUUAAAGGGAAGUAUCGAUCAUGGUAUCCAAUACCAUGAUGAUAGCAAAUAUGAAGUUGUUGGAUAUUGUGAUGUUGAUUAUGCUGGAGAUCACAAUACACGUCGAUCAACUACUGAUUAUGUGUUCAGCAAGGGUUCUGGAGUAGUUUCAUGGUGUAGUAAGAGACAAUCAACGAUGUCAUUAUCAAUUGACUAUGAUGUCAAGUUAAGUUGGGUUAAUCAGUCAUCUAGAUAACUAGCUGAAAAUCUAGUGUUUCAUGCUAGGACAAAGCAUGUGGACAUUUUCGAGGUACACUUUUUGUUUGAGAGAAGGUUCUACGAGGUGAAAUCCAACUUGAGCAAGUGAAGACAGAUGACCUAGUUGCUGACAUUUUCACAAAAGGUCUUGAAAGACCGAAGUUUAAGAAAUUCUUUAAUGACCUCAAGACUUACUCUGAGAGAGAAUGAUCAUUGAGGGGGAGUGUUAAAGAAGGGGACCGAUCCAUCUCCUCUUCUAUCAAUGUUUUACAUUAGUCAAAAUUUACAAUCAAGCGUGGUAAUAUUUCAUUCCUAUCACCCUUUCCCUAUUAGGCUUGUGUAAAAGCUUUAAAUGCUUGCCAACCUUUGUUGAAUUUUGGAGCAUUUGUAAUAGUGGUAAAGCAAAGUGACAGAGAGCAAUUUAGUUAGAGUGAGCUGUAGUAAAUAUAAAAUUGAGCUACUACAAUAUAGUAGUAUAUAUUGUCUUUUUAUAUAUUUCUAGUACUAUUAAAAUUACUUUGAAUUAAUGUAUGGUAAUUCACCUUUAUGAGAUGGUGUUGUUUUGAGUUUUUACAUGAUAUGGUGUUGUUUCGAAUAACUACUUAAGUGAUGUGUGAAUUGUGAUGGAUAAAAAGUCUCAACUUUCUAGAUCCCUUGUUUAUGAGUCUAUGUAGCAUUGCUUAGGUCAUCACUUUUGGUCUCACUUUUUCUUUCUUUUUAGGUUCUUGAAUUAAUGUAUGACAAUUAAAAAAAUAUUGAAAGUUUUGUAGCGUCAAAACUCAUAAGCAUAGCACUUUUGGGGCAGUAACCCAUAGGAGGAUUAUGAAAAUUUUCCAGAACACUAUCUAAUGGACUGUAGGAGAAAAAAAUUAUAGUGUUAUUUUUUCAUCUAUUUAUUUCUAUAUUUUUGUUUGUCAGAAUUUAGGUUGUAUAGUUGUAUAGUUAAGUAUUAGCCACUAUUAGUUGAUUGUAAAAUUUAAAGAAUGAAUUGCUCUCUUUUGCAGUGGUUCUGUUUAGACCUCUGCUUCACUUGAAUAGUUGAAUGAUUCAUUGUUUCCAUUUUCAUUGUUGUUAAUUGACUAUCAAUUUCCCCCUUUUUUAGUGGUUCUGCUUUGACCUAUGUGUCACUUGUCACAUUCUUUUUUGUUCGCUGCUGUUGUUGUGAUGAUGUUAUUCACUAGAAAUCUGUUUUCCUUUUUGGCUCUUCUGUUUUAUGAAUGGAAGUUUGAUUAUUCACUGUGCUGUUUGGUCAAUGAAGUUGUCAAAAAAACUGGUCAAAAGUAAUGGGUAGGAUGAUUUAGAUGGAGUACUUGUUACCGGAGGAAUUGAGUUGUAGCCAUACAAUCACAAAGGACAUAAUUUUUUUGGUUGGAACUGCUGUUGUUACGAGGAGUGAUGGGAGACUGGCACUUGGAAGGCUAGGCUCACUCUGUGAGCAGCUGAAGGAGCUCAACACUGAUGGAUAUGAAGUCAUUUUGGUGACGUCAGGUGCUGUUAGUGCUGGUCGUCAAAGGCUUAGGUUCAGGAAAUUGAUCAACAGCAGUUUAUCUGAUCUCCAAAAACCACAAGUUGAACUUGAUGGGAAAGCAUGUGCUGCUGUUGGGCAGAAUGGUCUCAUGGCUCUCUACGACACAUUGUUUAGUCAGUUGGAUCUGACUUCUGCUCAACUCCUUGUCACCGACAAUGACUUUAGGGAUCCAAACUUUAGAUUACAACUGACUGACACUGUUAAUCAGUUGUUGGAUUUUAAAGUUGUACCCGUAUUGAAUGAAAAUGAUGCAGGUUGUACAGUUAACAAGGAUUCAUCUGGUGUAUUUUGGGAUAAUGAUAGUUUAGCAGCUUUGCUUGCUAUGGAAUUAAAGGCAGAUCUCCUUGUUCUCUUGAGUGAUGUGGAGGGUCUUUAUAGUGGCCCACCUAGUGAUCCAAAAUCAAAACUCAUCCACACAUAUGUCAAAGAGAAGCAUCAAGCAGAAGUUACUUUUGGUGACAAGUCCAGAAUGGGCAGAGGGGGUAUGACGGCCAAAGUAAAAGCAGCAUUGCAUGCUGCCUCUUCUGGAAUUCCAGUGAUCAUAGCUAGUGGCAAAGGAACUGAUAAUAUCAUCAAAGUUCUUAAAGGCUACCGCGUGGGUACUCUGUUUCACAUGGAUGCUCAUUUAUGGGCUCCAGUAAAAAAAACUGGUGCACGUGAGAUGGCAGUUGCAGCAAGAGAGUGUUCAAGGAGACUUCAGGCACUUUCUGCCCAAGAAAGGAAAAAAAUCCUGCUAGACAUUGCUGAUGCUUUGGAAGACAAUGAAGAACUGAUCAAGACUGAAAAUGAUGCUGAUGUUGCUGCUGCUGAGCUAGCUGGAUAUAAUAAAUCAUUAAUGGCUCGAUUAGCCUUCAAACCUGGCAAGAUUUCUAGUCUUGCCAAAUCAAUCCGUGUCUUAGCUGAUAUGGAGGACCCUAUUGGUCGAAUUUUAAAAAAAAACGAGAUUGCUGAUGGGCUUGUCUUGGAGAAGACAUCAUGUCCGUUGGGUGUUCUCCUGAUUGUUUUCGAGUCACGUCCAGAUGCUUUAGUUCAGAUAGCUUCACUGGCUGUACGUAGUGGAAAUGGGCUUCUUUUGAAGGGUGGAAAGGAGGCAAAAAGAUCUAAUGCUAUCAUGCACAAGGUUAUUACUUCUGCUCUACCAGACAGAGUUGGUGAAAAACUUAUUGGUCUUGUAACCACAAGAGAAGAAAUUCCUGAUUUGCUCAAGUUGGAUACUGUAAUUGAUCUUGUCAUUCCAAGAGGCAGCAAUAAACUUGUUUCUCAGAUUAAAGAGUCAACAAAAAUUCCUGUCUUGGGACAUGCAGAUGGAAUUUGUCAUGUUUAUGUUGACAAAUCUGCUGAUAUGGAUAUGGCGAAGCGAAUUGUUAUUGAUGCAAAAUUGGACUACCCAGCAGCAUGUAACGCUAUGGAAACGUUGCUUGUACAUAAAGAUCUGGUGCAGAACGGAGGUUUGAAAGAGCUUGUUACUGAGCUUAAAUUAGAAGGAGUUGAUUUGUUUGGUGGGCCAAGAGUUAGUGCCUUGCAAGAACUGGAUAUUCCAGGAACUCAGACAUUCCAUAAGGAGUACAGUUCACCAGCUUGUACAGUGGAGAUAGUGGAUGAUGUUCAAGCUGCGAUUGAACAUAUCAAUCAACAUGGAAGUGCACAUACUGACUGCGUAGUAGCAGAAGAUCAAAAAGUUGCUGAAGCAUUCUUGCAGCAAGUAGAUAGUGCUGCUGUGUUACACAAUGCAAGUACCAGAUUUUGUGAUGGUGCUCGUUUUGGGCUGGGAGCUGAGGUUGGCAUAAGCACAAGUAGAAUUCAUGCUCGAGGUCCUGUUGGAGUAGAGGGUCUUUUAACCACGAAAUGGAUUCUAAAGGGAAAUGGGCAAAUCGUCGAUGGUGACAAAGGUGUGCUAUAUAGCCACAAGGACCUUACUGUUGCAUCAUAAGCUCUGGGAAUUUUAUCGACUCCACACCCAUAGCAGUGCAGUUUAUGUAGGGGAAAAGGGUCUUCUUUUUCUUGUCCGCUCUCCUGCUGCCCUUUGGGUGGAGUCUUUGUGUGCCGUAGUUCUAGACAAGGACAUUUAUGUUGCAUCAUAAGCUCUGGGAAUUUUAUCUGACUCCAACGUUUGGUUCCUUAGACCCCCAUUGUUUGGUUCCUUAGACCCCCAUUGUAAGCUCUGUCGUAGUUUCUUCUAGUUAAUGACCCUUACUCUGUUGAAGGUUAUUGAAAAAAGCUAUAGGCUAGUGAUUGUGUCGUCCAAAUAAACGAUUAACUUCUUGUCAACAAGGUUACCACUCAUUCUUCAUAAGUAGAAAUCUUACCAACAUGCCAUGUGAAGUCGCAAGUUUGCCCAAAUGCACAAAAAUAUGGCUUAUGUGGUAAUGGGCUUAUGAGUUAUGGCUUACGACUGAUGACUUAAUGUGUCAGAGGAGAAGCUUUAGAUAUUAUGGGCUAAAUAAUUUAAUUAAUACAAAUUAAAGAGAAAAUAAAAAUAUAGGCUUUUUAUUUUGAGGUUGUUUCUUUGAGAAAUGGUCUCUCACAAGAGUAGCUACAUUGGAAAUUUAUUGGCUCUUAGUACUAAUAAACAACAAUAAUUAUUAGCGUUUUUGU